AUGGGUUCCGCUCAGCAAGAUGUCCAAUUGAAAGACUUUGGCAACAUCUUCCGCCUCGACGGCAAGGUUGCUGUCGUGACGGGCGGAUCUCGUGGGCUGGGUCUGCACGCCGCGUCGGGCCUUCUCCAGGCCGGCUGCUCCAAGGUCUUCAUCACUUCGCGCAAAGCCAAAGCGUGCGACGAAGCGUGCGCAGCGCUCAACGCACUCCCGAACAAACACGCAUCGGCCAAGGCCAUCUCGGUGCCUGCAGACAGCAGCAAGGUGUCGGAGAUUGAGCGGCUGGUGGCCGAGGUUGCGAAGCAUACCGACAAGGUCGACAUCCUGUUCGCCAACGCGGGCGCGACGUGGGGUUCCAAAUUCGACGAGCAUCCCGACGAUGCGUUCAGCAAGGUCAUGGACCUGAACGUGAAGAGCGUCUUCUUCACGAUCCAGAAGUUCGCGCCCCUCCUCUCCCAAGCCUCGACCCCGUCCUCGCCCUCGCGCGUCCUCAUCACCGGCUCCACCGCCGGCGUCGGCAUCGGCAGCACCGGCUCGGCCAACAGCACGCCCGCCUACUCGGCCUCCAAAGCCGCCGUGCUGCACCUCGCGCGCAACCUCGCCGUCGAGCUGGGGCCCCGCAACAUCCUGGUCAACGGCAUCGCGCCCGGGUUUUUCCCCUCCAAGAUGGCCAACGGGCUGAUGGAGGCGGCCGGCGGGCAGGACAAGCUGGCGGCCGCGAACCCGAACAAGAGGCUGGGUGAGCCCGAAGACAUCGCCGCGGCGGUCGUGUUUCUGAGCAGUCGGGCGGCGGGGCACGUGAAUGGGGACACGCUCGUGUUGGACGGCGGGAAGGUGUGGGCGAGGUCGUCGCUUUGA